AUGUUAAGACAGGAUAAUAAAAAUCCAAAUUAUAUGGUCAUUAUUUAUCUGUUAAUUCUGUAUGUUUUUCUCCUGAUGGGAUUACAUUAGCAUCUGGUAGUAGUGAUUAGUCUAUCUAUAUAUGGAUUGUUUAAACAGGACAAUAAAAAGCCAAAUUAUAUGGCCAUAAUGGUUGGGUUAAUAUUAGCAUCUGGUAGUAAUGAUUAGUCUAUCUGUUUAUGGGUAGUUUAAACAGGAUAAUAAAAAGCCAAAUUAUAUGGACAUAAUAGUUGGAUUAAUUCAGUCUGUUUCUAUCCUAAUGGUACUCUAUUAGCAUCCGGCGGUGGAGAUUGCUCAAUCCGUAUAUGGGAUGUUAAGACAGGCUAAUAAAAAUCUAAAUUAGAUGGUCAUAGUAGUUAAGUACAAUCAGUUUAAUUCUCUCCUGAUGGUACUAAAUUAGGAUCUGGUAGUGCAGAUAAGUCUGUCUAUCUAUGGGAUGUUAAGACUGAAUCUUUCAAUGCCAAAUAAGAUGGUCAUAGUAACUAUGUUAAAUUAACCUGUUUCUCUCCUGAUGGUACUACAUUAGCAUGUUGUCAUUUUGAUAACUCUAUUCAUUUAUGGAAUGUUUAAACAGCAAAAGAAAUUCUACCUAAAGAUAUUCUUUACUAAGACCUUUACACUGCAUUGGAAAGGUAGCUUUCCAACACAUCUAUUAUAAAAAAUAGUAAUUAUUGCUCAUUUAUAUUUAGGUAACUUUGAUUUUACCAUACUUCGAAUAUCCCAGAGUCUUAUAUUAGAAAUGUAAGGAGCUUUAAUUUUAAAAGGAGAGUUCAUAAAUUAUUAAGGAAAAGAUUUAUUAUUACUAUUCAAAUCAAAAGGAAGUUUGAUUUUGGAAGAUUAAGUGAAAGAUUAUAAAUAAAAGAAGUGA